CAAAGCCCAGCAGCCUCUUCUCAAAGCCCAGCAGUAGCAUCUCAGGUCUUCAACCAGAGCCAGCCAAUGGUUGUGAGGCCAAAGGAGCGCCGAGGUGCCGACAGGCAAGCCACCUCCCUGAGCAGCACCAAGUCAGGCAGAGAUCCCAAACUGAUAAACAUGGAGCGCAUCGUUGGAGAGAUUGCCUUCCAGCUGGAUCGCAGGAUCCUCUCCAGCAUCUUCCCUGAUCGGGUCCGCCUCUACGGUUUCACUGUCAGCAGCAUCCCUGAGAAAAUCCAGCAGGCAGCCAAUGACUCCCUGUCUCCAAUGUCAGCAGAUGAGCGCCAAUCCCUGGGGGAGCGCUACGACACCAUCAUGAAUAUGCUGAAACCAAAGGGCUACGACCCAAACUUCCACUCCAGGUUCACGGAGCACAUUGUCAACACCUACGGGAUCCUGAGGGAGCGCCCAGACAUGGCAGGCCCUGAAGGAGAUGUCUACAACAACCCGAGCUACCUGCGGCAAGUGAUUGAGCAGAUCGUGCCUCCGGAGAAGAUGACGGACUGCCUGACCCUGCUGGACUGCCUCAGCUUCAUGGCGUCCACAGACGGGAAGCCCUUGUUCAUCUGGUGACCGUCCGCCUGUCUCCCUCCUGGGGUGCCAUCCCACUGCAGCCACAAUAAACCACCUGGAAA